AACAAAGAAGAUCAGAGUCUCUCUCUCUCAAGUCGCAAUCCAAGUGAUCACCUUCCCCUUCCUUCUUCCAAUCCUUGGUCGCUACGAAGUAUGAAUCCAGGACUUCUCCUCCUCUUCUUUGCCUUCUGCUUCCUCUUCUCCUCCGCCGUCCCCCAAUUCAACGAUAAUAAGCCGGGGAUCCUAACUAAGAACGAUACAAAUGAAAAUGCCCUCGCUGCUAUUGAAGAGAAGUGGGGGAUCCAAAUCUGGGAUAAGGCGGUUGAUCCUUGCGAGCCCGGUGCGUGGUGGAGUCUGGAGUAUGCUAAUCCAAGGAUCGUCUGCGACUGCUCUUCAAACUGCACCGUGACGCUGCUUAAGAUUUCAGGAAAAAUAUCUCCCGUGAAAUUCCAGUGCAACUCUUUGACUUGACGAAUCUUACAACCCUGGAUUUAAGUCGCAACAUAUUGAAUGGCUCAAUUCCCCCACAAAUUGGCCAACUCAAACAAUUGCAGAACUUGAGUCUGGACACAAACAAUUUGACAGGCAGCAUUCCUUCUGAUAUUGGAAACCUAACUAAAUUGAGACAUCUCAAUAUGCCACAGAAGUUUGAGUACAAACAGAUUGUCUGGAGAUAUUCCACCUGAAUUCGGAGAACUGAUUUCUCUAGAGCAAUUGUAUAUCGACAGCAAUGAACUGACUGGUUCACUGCAAUUUGGGACACAUGUAGCUUCACAGAAUACACUGACUGGACUUAAGAUCCUAUGGGCAUUUGACAAUAACUUUACUGGACCUUUGCCAGAAACCAUUGGAAGAUUCACCAAUCUCAAGGAUCUAAGGAUAUUUGGUACAUCAUUUGAAGGACCUAUACCUCAAGAAUACAGUGCACUUGCAAACCUGGAAACCUUGAAGCUGGGUGACUUAAAAGAUCAGAGUUCAUCUUUGGUUUUUUUGGAGAAGAUGACAAACUUGUCCUUUUUAUCAUUGAGAAAUUGCCUAGUUGAUGACUCAAUUUUUUACCAUUUCCAAAACUUUUCCAGUUUAAUAUUCUUGGACUUGAGUCAUAACAACCUAAAAGGAUCUAUACCAAAAUAUCUGAAGAACCUUACCUCAUUACAGUAUCUGUUUCUAGGGUACAAUAGCUUGACAGGAACUGUUCCUUUAGAGCUUUUACCUGAAAGUUUGACUACACUAGACAUCUCCUUCAACAAUCUCUCUGGAGUUCCACCUGAAACGCCAAACCUUUCAUUGAACUAUAUUGGAAAUUUUAUGGACGUGAACAAUACAAGCGAUAGAGCUCGGAAUAUGCUACACUGCCUACAAGAAAACUCUUCCUGCGCAUGGAAUACUUUCCCCUCUUCAUUUCUUGCCAUCAAUUGUGGCGGGUUAAAUCUGACUUCUGGCAGAAUUAUUUUCGACGAGGAUGUCAAACCUCUGGGAAGAGCAGGCUUUGAGAUAAACCAAGACCAUCACUGGGUUGUGAUGAAUGCUGCCUCUACCAAUUUGGGUCAUAACGAUAUUGUGACUACUGAUUAUUCAGCAGUGGAUACACCAGAGAACCAAAUGUACCUAACCGCACGAACAUCAACGGGCUCAUUGAGAUAUUUUAUGGUCGGAUUGAGCAACGGUAACUAUACAGUUGUUCUCUAUUUUGCAGAGAUUGUCAUGGAUGAUAAUUCAUCACCUUGGGCAGUGGUUGGAAGGCGUAUAUUCGAUAUUUCUAUUCAGAGUGAGUUGAGGAUCCAAAAUUUUAACAUCAUGGACGAUGCAAAAGAAUACAAAACUCCUGUUACCAAGGCCUUCAAUGUGACAAUUAUGAAUGCUGUUUUAGACAUUCAUCUAUUCUGGGCUGGAAAGGGGACCUGCUGCAUUCCCGUUGAAGGAACGUAUGGACCACUGCUAUCUGCAAUAAGAAUUUCUCCAGCUCAUUCCCCAGUAGAGUCUGAGCUUGGUCACUGUACAAGAAGAAGAGCUGGAGUCAUAGUAGGAUUUGCAGCUAUUGGCAUAGCUACGGUAAUAAUACUCGUAUCAAUUACUUUUCUAUGGUUGGAGAGAAUUGAAAUUGCUCGUAAAAUUGCUCAAACAACUUACCAAUAAAAUGAUUGUGUUGGUUUUACUUUUUCCAUUUGCCUGCAAGGUUUGAGUUUCUACUGUGUUCAUUGGUGAUGUAAAAAACAUGAAAUUAAAUGCAAUAGCAGUAAAAUUUCCUCAGACGUUUCUUUAUUGGAGAUAUGCAAUAAUAGCUUAUCAAUGGCUGAGGAGCAACAACUCUGGUUGAUACAAUCUCAUCUCAACCUAACCCUAGAACUCAAUCACUAAAUUGUGAACUUUCCUAUCACCCUUGGGCAUGCUCUCCAAAUGAACAGCCAAGAAUCCAGAUGAAGAGUCAUAAGCAAACUCAGCAGGAGCAGCAGAACCUAGCAGACAUCUCCUGGGCUUCACUGAAGAAUAGGCUCCAAAUCUACCACAUCCUUUCACUUCCAUGCACACCAUUGCUACAGCCUCAUGCUCUGUUGCCGCCGAACCAGAAUCCUUCAACACAUGGUAUGUGAGACCUACCACUGCUCCUCCUGCAUUGUACAUGUCCACCAAACCCACCGGUGCAAAUCUGAAGCCAGGUGCCAAAUCCUGCAUCAAAUAGCAUAAUACAACUUCA